UCUAGUUAUUACUGCAUUCUUUUCAAGAUGCUUGCAUCGUUACCGUUUUAUAUUCUGUUCCAGAAUUUUCCCUGGGAUUGAUGUCAGGAUGACUGGUCUCUAGUUCCCAGGUUCCUCCUUUCUUGCCCUUUUCGAAGAUAGGGGCAACAUUAGCUCUCCUCCAGUCAUCUGGCACUUCACCUACCCUACGUGAUUUCAAGAAAGCAAUAGAGAGCGAUUCUACCAGCCAGUUCCCUCAAUGCUCUUGGAUGCAGUUCCUCUGGCCCUGGAGAUUUGAACUUGUUCAAGCUCGGCGGCCCCUCCAGAGCAGAAUGGAGCCCUCCUCCGAGGGGUGGGUCCGCGGCUCCCCAUUGCCCGUCCAGAGCUGCCCGGCCUCAGGAGCAGCACCAGCCAGGCGGGCGGCCUUCUGUGACCUUUGACCGGCCCACAGACUCUGCCCCUUCCCGUCUCCUCCCGGCGGUCCCCUCGUGCCGCGUGGCCCUUCCCGAUGGAGAAGAUGAGCUGGCUGACCAAACUGAAUCCCCGGGCGGGAGCCGGGCAUCGGGCGAGCCGGGCGGCUGGCCUGCAGAGCCCGGUCAUGNCUCCUCCCUCCUCCUCGCGGGGCGCUCCGGGGGCCGCAGACGACCUGAGCGCCGUGCGCAACAACACCUACCAGAUGAUGACGCUGCUGGUGGAGGAGCGCCCCCGGGGGGAGCCGCCGGCGGCCGGGGUGGCCAUGGGCCCCAUCCUGGAGUUUGUGGUGUCCGAGAACGUGCUGGAGCGGCUGAUGGGCUGGCACCUGCGGUGGGAGGUCCCCGAGGAGCGCAAGCUGCGGCGGUGCGCGGGGCCGGCCUCCCCCGGCCUGGAGAGCAGCCUGGUGCUCCUCCUCAACCAGCUGUGCGUCUCGGUGGCCAGGGAGCCCCCACUGCUGGAGCUCUUCUUCCACAGCCCCACGGAGCAGGGCCCCCCCGACCUGCUCCUCUUCUCCCUCCUGGUCCCCUUCGUCCACCACGAGGGGGUGGUGGGCCAGCAGGCGCGCGACGCCCUCCUCCUGCUCAUGGCCAUCUCUGCCGGGAGCCACACCGUCGCUCGCUAUAUCACUGACCACUCCUACUUCUGCCCGGUCUUAGCCACAGGCCUGAGCGCCCUUUACUCCUCUCUGCCCCGCAAGCUGGAGGUCCGUGGGGAUGACUGGCACUUCUUGCGCCGGGAGGACUGGAUCGGGGUCCCCUCCCUGGCCCUCUUCAUGAGCUCCUUGGAAUUCUGCAACGCGGUCAUCCAGGUGGCCCACCCCUUGGUUCAGAAGCAGCUGGUGGAUUAUAUCCAUAAUGGGUUCCUGGUGCCAGUCAUGGGGCCUGCCUUGCACAAGGUAAGACCCGGGUGGCCCUUCUGGCAGGGAACGCACCCCAUCCCAUCUUGCAGAGAAAGAGGGAGGACGGGGGGGAGCCGGGUGGAAACACCCACCCUCCAGGUGCUGGCUGGAGAGCAGGGGCCUGGGCUCUGUGGGCAGGAUCCUGUAGGGUCCCCGCUUGCCCUGCCCCACCUUCACACCAAGGGGGGGGGCCCUUCUCUCCCCACCCAGCUCUGCAUGGUGUCGCUCAGUCUCUUCCGGACUCUGCUCAGCCUCCACUGUGAAGACGUCCUGCUGCAGCUGGUGCUCAGGUACCUCGUCCCCUGCAGCCACGUCAUGCUGAGCCAGAAGAGGGCGGUAAAGGAGCUGGACCUUUACGGCAAAGCGGCCGGCAAGUUCCUCUCGCUCAUCCCGCGCUGCUGCCGCGCCGAGAGCCUGCCUGCGCCCGAGCGCGAAGAGGAGCAUGCCACUUGGUCCAAGGGCCACGGCAGCCCCAGUGUGCUCGGCUCGCCAGGGACGCCCCCAGCGGGCAGCCCCGGCCACCGUCCGAGCCGGUGGGAGGAGGUCUCCGAACUGGAGGGGAACUACCUGGAAUACCUGCGGGACGCCCGGCUCAACAUCGACCGCUGCGUCUGGGCCUGCCGCGUCUGGUCUGCCCCCUAUGACGGGGAGGUGCCCAGCGCCACCAGCCGCGCCCCCCCCGGCUCGCCAGGGACGCCCCCAGCGGGCAGCCCCGGCCACCGUCCGAGCCGGUGGGAGGAGGUCUCCGAACUGGAGGGGAACUACCUGGAAUACCUGCGGGACGCCCGGCUCAACAUCGACCGCUGCGUCUGGGCCUGCCGCGUCUGGUCUGCCCCCUAUGACGGGGAGGUGCCCAGCGCCACCAGCCUGGCGCCCCCCCCGGACACCUCCGCCCUGCCCAUCAGCAGCGACUACUUUGGCUGCCCCUCCGUCCCUCCAGGCGGGGCCCCGGCACCCGCACCCUCCUCCCCUCGGACUAAAAAGCGGGGCCUGCCGGCGGAGGAUGCGGCGGCCAGCCCGGAGGGGCCCCCUCUGGGCACGGAGACCAGCGCCCCCGCCUCUCCCCUCCCCACGGACUCUGAGGCCUUGCUCAAUGGGGGCCCCCACGCGGACUCUGGCGGCGUCAAGAAGGUCCGCUGGUGCCUCCAAGGGGGGGCCCUGGUUGAGAACGGCACCGCCCCCUCCACCCCGAGCCCUUCCCCUGGCUGGCAGCCUGCGCCCGCCUCGGACCCACUGCUGGAGGAGCUCCUGGCUCAGGCGCCCGUGGAGAACGGGGCCACCUCGACGGUGGAGAAGUUCACGGCGGAGCUCAGCCGGCUCGAAAGAGAGGUGGAGAACGGUGGCAGAGGAGGAGAGGAGCCUGCCCCUGCCCCUGGCGUCCCGUUGGAGCGUGACCCGCUCUCCCCUGAGGAGGAGGAGGCCUAUCGGAGGUUCUCCUCCCAGCCGGAUGGUCCAGGGCAGCCAAGGCCAGCUGACCCCCUUGCCCAGGUCAUCAGCAGCCCCGCACGGACCCCUGGGCAGCCCCCCAGCCAGCCAUUCACUGGACCCUUUGUGGCCGUCCUCCUGGCCAAGCUGGAGAACAUGCUGCAGAACUCCCUCUACGUGAACUUCCUGCUGACGGGGCUGCUGGCCCAGCUGGCCUGCCACCCGCAGCCCCUGCUGCGCUCCUUCCUGCUGAACACCAACAUGGUCUUCCAGCCCAGCGUCAAGUCCCUCAUCCAGGUAGCGGCCCAGCUGGCCCUGCAGCACAUGCGCGAGGGCCAGGUGAUGCACGCCCUCUCGGGGGCCCCCCUUUUCCGCAGUUCCGCCGAGAAGCAGAACGAGGCCCUUCGGGUCAAGAACGCCGUCUACAGUGCCGUCAUCUUCACCGAGUUCCUGAAGGAGCUGGCGGCCAUCGCCCAGGCCCACGCCGUGACCUCCCCCUUCCUGCUGGAGACCCCCCCGGAGGAGAGACCCACACAGUCCUGCCCCUCCCAGGCCCCCCCUCACACACACCUACACACACACAGGACUUUCAACUGG